AUGGGUAGAUAUUCCGUGAAAAGAUACAAGACUAAACGUAGAACGAAAGAUCUGGAUUUAAUUUAUGAUGAUCUAUCUUCUCAGGAUAAGAUACAGAAAUUAUUAAACCAACCAUUAGAUGAAACUAAACCAGGUCUAGGACAACAUUAUUGUAUUCAUUGUGCAAAAUAUUGUGAAACUGCCAUGGCUUUAAAAACACAUUUGAAAACAAAAGUUCAUAAGAGAAGAGUUAAAGAAUUAAAAGGUGUACCAUAUACCCAAGAUGUAGCAAAUGCAGCUGCAGGUUUAAAUUUGAAUAAGUUUUUAAAUAGAGUAGAGCAAAUUAAGAAUAGUGUAGGACCUUCAAAGGAAAAUAAUGAAGUUUUAUUAAAGGACCAUUUAGAUGUCACAUUAAAAGAUAUUAAAUCUACUGAACCAACUUUACCUUGGGCUGAACAACAACAACAAAUUGAAAGCGGUACUGAAAAUAAUCAACAACAACAACAACAAGUUGAAAAUACUACAACUGGUACAUUUAUGGGAUAA